AUGAAUUCAACAACACAAAGACAAAACACGAUUCUACCAGAAAAUAAUACUAUUGUCCUCUUUCAAACAUUACCCAAAGGAUCUUUUUGUCAAUCCUAUACGGUGAACGUUGGUGGUACAACUUUUCAGUUCUCAGAGUUCAGUCUUAAGAGAGAUUCUCCAAAUUUAUUUACUGAAUAUUUCUUUGGAGAAAAUGAAUCAAGAAAAGGUGCAUCCUUUACUAUGUGUAUAGAUCGAGAUCCUCAGAUCUUUACAAUCAUUGCAAGGUAUCUUAGAGGUUAUACUAUCUUUCCAUUAUCUCCGACAAAUCUUCCAUGUGGAAUGUCCUUUGAAUUAUUUCGUCAGAAUCUUAUGGCCGAUAUUCACUUUUACAAACUUCCCGCUUUAAAGAAACAAACUUUACCUAUCUGCGCUUUCUUUAAAAGUCCUUUUAAUGAAGAUUGGCGAUUAGAUAUUACUUUGAGUUUGGUAAAACCGAAAGAUCUGACUGUCGAUAAAGAAAUAGUUCUAUCAAUACACAGAGAUGGUUAUUCAAUUGUUCAAUUUCACGCGACUGAUGUUCUUUGGGAUUUGGUUUCACCACAACAAUCAUAUUUUCAAUUUACACAACAAGCUGACAUAUUCACAUUACGUCAAAUUUCUAAAACAUUUCGACCUAUGUAUGAUGAUAAUGUCUUGUGCUAUGGAUGUGAAAGCGGGCCAUCUUUAUAUAAUAUUGAUGAUGUUGAUAUGCCAGGAAAGGAUGUAUAUCAUAAUAUCUUUGAUAAAAGUAGAGAAUUAGUUAAACCAAUGGUGGGAAAAUGUGUUCGCGUUUACUUGUCAAGAGCUAUUUUUUCUUUAAGAAUUCCUGAUAUUCCAGUAUGUGGUGUAAUGAACAUCAUACCUAUGUGGGGUAGUGGGAAUACUCAACUUUAUCAUUUAUCACGAAAUGGUGGAUUAUCUUUUAAUUAA